GAUUCAGGUGCUACACAUCUGCCAUGUAUGCACAUGUAUGCAUACAGAGCGAGGGGGAUAGACGACAGACGGCAGGCAGGCAGUCCGUGGCGAUCUAGUGGUAGUCGCCUCCCCAGCCCGACGCGGGGCACUGCAUGCUGUGUGACCUGGCUGUGA